GAAUCCCUAUCUCCGGAUGUUGCCCAAUACUCGCUAGGAACGUGACUAAUAUAGCCACUGCGUGUAUCACUGUAUUGGCAUGAUACCGCUAUCUAUGACCUUGAGCAAAACGCCCUGCUGGCUGGCUUAGUCCUAGUUUGGGGAGUAUCUGUGACAAGUCAUCAAAAUAACACCACUUCCUUUCCGGAACGGAGUGCGUCCUCACUGCGUCACUGGAGCCACUUUCUCUCUAGCCAUUUUUAUCCUUACUUGUCUCCAGAGAGGCUCUAUGCCUGGCCUGCCGCCAUGCCCGGCCAGACCACCGAAAGUCUAACAAACAACUGGAACAAAAUGACGUCCGAAAGGCCACGCUUUCCAGCUCUGCAUGUGAAAAAUCUCGUACAGGAGACGCUGCGGCAGAACCUGGGCGGUCACACGUACCACGCUGGCGUCUGCAGGGAUCUGACCAGAAAAAUCCUGGACCAGUUAAAUGAUAAACUGGUAAAGCGGGGACCUAAAGGGUACAAGUUUAUUACUUUCAUCGACGUGGGGCCAAACCAGGCGGCAGGGCCGGUGUUCUACGGGAGUCAAUGCGUCAAGGCUUUGGGCCAGGCGACGGGGGACGAAUUUGCGGAGUCGUCGUUCCAGAAUGCGUCUCUGUACGGGAUAGGUAUCGUCUGGGCCAUCCCGGACGCCGCCUGGAACACAUCCCGAGCUCAUCUGACCCCCAGGGAAAGUCAAUGUCAACAACACUUUCCGAUUCUUCAAGUCAAGCAGAUCAUAGAAGACACGAUUGACCGUCGCGUCAUCGGCAGGCGUUACGAGCCUGCCUUCUGUAAGAACCUGACGCAGAAGUUGUCAGCUGAGCUGAAGACGACGCUGUUACAGAAGGGACCGAGGGGAUACAAGUUCGUGAGUUUUGUGACCGUCGGGUCAUCUGGCGGCGGAGACACGGUGUUCUGUGCCAGUCAGUGUACCUGGGGCAAACCUGGGGACGACUUUGCCGAGUUUACCCGACAAAACACCUCCCUGUAUGCGAUGGCGAUCGUCUGGGGAAUCCUGACAGAGUAGCUGUAUGUCGUCUAACACUGAAGGCAAAUUGAAAGUUCUAUUUCACACACUGUAACAGCCGCGUUGGCUAAUACGAGAGCUAAGAGUCAGGAUAUGUGUUAUUAGAGCUAUGUAUGCUGAUAAAUGCCAUAUACGUUUCUGCACAUUUAAUGGCCGAGGUUUGCAUUCUCCGAACGCUUUUAAUUUUAGGAAUUCAUGUCGGACUCAACACGGUGGUAUGAUAUCUAUCCGACGAUUUUACUAUUGGUUCUGUAUGUAGAGACCAGCUGAGCGCCGUGACUUGGCAUAUGACUACAUGUACAUCGGAUAAGCCGCAUUGCUCGGAUGGUAUGUCCGGUUAUUCACCCUAUGUGAAUGUAUUGUGAGCUUGGCGGUAUUUGGACCUAGGAUAUUGCCCCUGGCUCAUGCCAAACUUGGUGACGACAUUAAGUGGAAUAAAAUCCGCAUCGUACUUAAAUAGUACCAUAA